UCGACGAUCAGCCGUCGUAGGACGAACAUCUAAGGGAAAAUGUAAAUUUUAUUGUUAUACUGAUGUAUAGAACAUACAUAUAGUGUGUAUAUUUUAUAUACAUAUUUAUAUAUAUAUAUACUGUUUAUUUUCAAGUAUAUAUAUAAGUAUAUGUAUAUAAUAGCGUAUAUAUAUAAUAUGGGCUGUAAUUACUGCAAAGAAAAUUCGAAUAGAGAAGAGGAUAAUUUGGUUCAGAUGUUAAAAAAAGGCAAGAAAAUACACGUAGUGGAUUUCCUAAGAAUAUGGAUGCAUUACGAUAUUGAUAGAAGCGGAUAUAUUGAAGGUGAUGAACUUCAACAAUUCGCAAGCGAUCUUAUUCGGAAGAAGGACGACAAGCAAAACUCUCCCGAAGCUGUGCAAGCUGCAACCAGACUCUUCCUAAAAAUGUUCGACACGAAUAGGGAUAAGAAAAUUGAAUUAUACGAAUUUGCCCAAAUCAUCUUUACCGAUACAUCUAGCACACCGUUCGAAAUUCGAGAAAAGCUCGGAAGAGAAGAGUUUGAUCAAGUUUUCACUAAAUACGAUAAAGUAGGUAGUCGGAUUCGAAUUGGCGUCUAAUUUCGAUCAAUUUUCGCGAUCAGAACGCCAGUCAACAACUGGAUGGGCGGGAAUUAAACUCGUUCCUUAGGGAUAUUAUGCAGAAAAUAGGGCUCGUAUGCGUCGUUGACCUUUUUUGUUUUUUAUAUCUAAUUUGCAUAUUUUCCCCCUCCCUAUCGUAGACACCCAGUCCGAAGGAGGUGGAUGAACAAGCAAAUAUCUUCUUCAGAUUAUAUGAUAAGGAAAAGAGCUCCGUAUUCUCCAAGCAAGAAUUGUUCUUCCUCUUAUCUAAUCAGAAGUGAAAAGUACGGACUAAGUAAUUAGUUCGUUUUUUUUGCAUGGUGGAUCAGUACAAAAAAAGGAUUGAAAAAAAGAAAAAACCGUUCUAUUCUAAUUAGUUUCUCGCUUAAAAGAAAAGAAGAAAAUAGUUUGUAGACAAUUGAUUUUGCUUAUAAAUAGAAAUGAAACGUUCGAUUGGCUACGAAAUAAUGUUAUUAAAUACA